AUGUCUAGUCCGCAGCCUCUUGUGUUUUCGCCUUCCGGAAGCUGGGAUGGGAACAACGGAAACUGGAGCACAGUUGUGGUACGCAUCGGUACGCCAGAGCAGGACUUCCGUGUUCUCCCAGCUCCCAUUACUGGAGAGAUCCUGGUGCCUGAUUCCGAAGCAUGUCAAAUGAGCAAAGGCGACCUUCCCAAUUGCGGCGCUCUCCGUGGUGUUGUCAAUGCUAGUCAUAGUGCAGGCUUCUCAUUCAACGCUUCCGAAACGUGGGACCCACUGGGAAAAUUCAUGACCAACAUUCAUUGCGAGCUUGGAUACGCCUCAGGUGCAACUUUUGGCACAGAUAAUGUUGGUCUGAUGGUCCAGAAUUCGGGUGGCCCAACACUCCAAGAUCAGGUCGUGGGUCUUCUGGGGAAGUCGCCAUUCUUCACCGGGUUCUUCGGUCUGAGUCCAAAAGCGGCCAAUUUCACGAAUUACAAUGACCCGCAUCCUUCCUAUAUCACAACGCUGAAGAAUACCCGCCGAAUCCCCAGUCUGUCGUACGGAUACACAGCAGGAGCAUUCUAUACGCCAGGACAUGCAUUUGCGAGCCUCACACUCGGAGGGUACGACGAAAGUCGGUUCGAACCCAAUCUCAACAUCACGUUUCCUUUUCAUGGCGAUGACGAGCGACCGACCAGUAUAUAUCUGCAGCAAAUUAUGGCAGAGAACACACCCAAUGGGACAGUGAGCAUCCUCAGAGACAAGAUAUUCGUGAAUCUUGACUUCACGCUGCCUUUCCUCUGGCUUCCCACUGAUGCAUGCGACCGCAUCGCAUCACUUUUCAAGCUUCGAUACGACACUGUACACAACCUCUACUUAGCAGAAGACAACGUUAAUGCAGAGCUCAUGGAGAAGAACGCCCAAUUCACAUUCGAUCUCGGUGACUCUGUACAUCCAGCGGAAAGAGUCUCUAUCGUCAUCCCGUACAGCGCUUUCAACCACGGUCUUUCGUGGCCCAUCUACAACAGCACGACCAAGUACUUUCCAAUGAGGCGUACAAAUGGGACGCACUAUACAUUGGGAAGAGCUUUCAUGCAGGAAGCCUACAUCAUUGUGGACUACGAACGAGACAGCUUCUCUGUACACCAAGCGUCGCAGUCCAUAUCGCAAGAGCAAAAGCUGGUUGCUAUUUCAGCCAAGGACCAACAAGAGAUUGCCCAAAGCCAGCGCGAGAGGAAGACAUUGAGUUCAGCCUCGAUCGGAGGGAUCACCACAGCCUGCAUACUAGGAACAGCAGCCUUCCUUGCUCUAGCGAUCCUUCUUUUUCGACGAAGAAGCCGAUCGCACGGGACAAGUCGCAUGAGCAUCGAUGGUACAUACACACAGAAUGAACAUGAAGGCCAUGGUGGUCUGGAUCGCCAGCUCAUGAGCACUGAGGUUGUAGAGAUUCAAGGGCCUGUAGCGCAGAUGCUCCAGGCCAGACAUAAUGCUGAGCUCCAGGAAACUGCUCGAGAGCUUCCUGGUAGUGGUAUCACCCUGAAUCAUUGUGGGACUGUUUUUAAGAAUGAAGAAACAGACGGAAGAUUUGAGCUGAGUGCUGACAGAGAGCCACGAGGCGGUGGGAGAUGA